AUGCCAGAAGAGUAUCAGCACAUCUGUGUUGUACGGGCCUAUGCGAGAUGGGUUCGGAUCACAGGACUGAAAGAAGGUUACUUGUUUCGCAAAAUACGUGCAAAUGAUCAUCUUGCUGAGGAGAAUGAACCGAUGGUGAAUAUUGGUAUUGACUUCAUCCCCUACGGAACUCAUUCAUUUCGACGCGGGGGGUGUCAGUGGCUAUCAGUGGAACGUCGGUGGCCUUUGCGUCAAAUUUGUGAGUGGGGUGGAUGGAGUCAAGAGUUUACGCACUUAACUAUAGUGAAAUAUCUCAUUUCCUGGAACGAUAACCCUCAUGUGGACCGAGAUGAUUUCUUUAACAUGGACCGUGCUCCAACUACUGUUUGUCCUACCUGUAAUCGAUCUUGUCACUGUGCUUAG